CUGGGACAUUAGACCGUGAGAUCUGGUAGUGUUCGUGAUCUGUGGUUGCACUUAUGAAGAACUGCAGUCAGGCUCAAAAAUAGCCCUUUAAUGUACAGUUUAAUCCACAAACAGGCGUCUGAAAAUGAAUGAGACAGACUUAAUUUCUCAAAGUGUCUAAGCCUAACAGAUGACGCAUUCAUAAGUGUCCUGCUGUUUGUGUUAUAAGAACAUCUCUAUUGUUGGACGUGUUCCCUGCAUAUGAACGCGAAGUGCUAACUAGCAAUGCCGCAGUAAUGUGCCUUCAAAUUUCUAAGACUCAUCAUCAGAAACAUUUUCUGUUUCAAAUCACACGGAUUUAUUCAUUGGUUGUGGUCGCUAUACGGACGCCAUGUCCACUUAACACCGGGACACGUACACAUAAAAAGAGAGAGAGAGAUAGUGUGAUAUUACGGGAAUCACCGCGUUGCAGGUCCGACGAAGUUCAGUGCAGCGUUGGUGAUUGUUCGUGUGACGACGAAACUGUGAUUAACUAUAGACAAGCAUUGUUUGACUUUUGAAGAUUUUUGAAGACUUACAAAAAAUUAGUGCAAUGAAGAGAGUACUGAUACAGGAUGACGACAGAGAUCUGUUUAGUGUUCCAUUGCAACCCACUGUCUAUCAGUACUAUUCAGAGAACAAAAAAGAAAUUCACAGAAUGGUGAAACAGCAGCGUGCCGGAUUUUGGAUUCAGUUUGUGACUUCUUUCCGUUCCUUUAUCACAAAUUUUUGGAUGUAUGGACAUGCCAGCCCCGAGAUCAAUGAAGAGGCGUUCGUUGACAUGCUAAAACUGCUCACAACAGAGAAUAGUUUCACAGGAUUCAUUUCACUGAUUGAAUCAAUCAAGAGACUAUAUACAUGUGUGGGAUCACUAGGCGUGUUCUCCAUGCCUGUUACAGCGCAACAAAUGUCAGGAUUCAGCAAGCCAUUUGUCACAUUUCCAAUCUAUUCGAGAUUCGUGAAUUCUGUGGUGGUAAUGUAUCUUCGUUGGAAACAUGCUCCUCGAGUCCGGGCACGCACUCCGCCAGCGGAGUGGACUCCCCCCGCUCACUGGAGUCAGCCAAACGGUCGUGGUCCAAGUUCAUAUGAGCGCUACCUCUAUGACCGUUGGGGAAAUGAGCUGCACAGCCUGAUUCGUGUGGAAAAGGACUUGAUGAAGUUCUUCAAUCCCCAGGAAAUAGAUGACACCAGUAAUGCUUCUUCAAGCACCAGUCAGAAGAGAAUGGGUACUAACUAUAACACAAGUCCGAGGAGAAAUCAAAAGAGAAGUCGUAGAGAUGCGAAUAGAAGUGGCAAUGUCCGUCAGAAACAGAAGGAAGAAACUGUCCCUCCGACAACCACCGGCAAUAACGGCAAAAGAAAUGACACAUUUAGAGAAAAGAAAAAUUCAGAGAGUAAUGUACUGAGUAAAAGCACUGCAAGAAAGGAAAAUAAAGAAAAAUCACCUCUUCCUGCAGACAAAGAAGUGGCCAGUAACAAAGAUGCAACAAACGAAACUGCAAAUGAUCGUUCCUUCAGGUACGACAGACUUUUUAAUUUUAGCAAAAAGAGCACUACAACUCAGAAUGAGACUUCAGAAGAUAAUGAUAAAUCAGAUGGAAACAGAAAGAAGGAAACUGUGCGUCAGUGUAAAGAAAAAGAAUUUACCACUAAUGCAGACGAGACGAAGAAUGCCGGAGGAAAAGACUUCUUCAGAUAUGACAGACUUUUUAGCUUCAGCACAAGGAAGCAGAAUCUUCCAGCCAGUUCAGAAAAUGUUUCUACCCUCGACAGCAGCAGCAGCAGCAGCAAUGCAGAUGACUUGCAUGAUUCUGAGUAUGAUGGGUUCAGUGGAUUUUCCAGAGAUUUCUUUGGAGGACCAUUUCAGCGUGGAAAUUAUGGGAAAAUAAUGCCGCAGCCAGUAUGGAAUUUUUUAAUGCACAAAUGCAGCAACUGCAACAUCUUGGAGAAGUCCCCUGGGAUGUACAAGGCUUGCAAAUUCUGUGUACAACACAGAGAGAGGGCACCAAACGUCUACUGCGGAGAACACUGCGCGAGUGCUCACUGGAUGAGGCAGCAUUGUGCCGAUCAUUUCCCAUAUCCUGGUAUGAUGUAACCUAGGAAAUGAUUGCAUCUGUAGUUUAUAUCCUUUCUGAAUGAUUUAUUUGCAAGUUACAUUCGAAAUAUACUAAAGAUUUAUGAAGCAUUCUAUUCUACUUUAAAUAAGUUUUGUGAUACGAUAUCAAUCUAGUAUUUCCAUGUGAUACGCCGUGCAGUAUUUAGAAUGUGUUGAUCCAGUUCAGGGUCUUCAUGAAAUGUAACCUUAGUUACCUGAGCUGUGACAUAAUUGGGUAACAAGUCAUAUAUUGAUGGCCGUGCUGUCUGGUAGAAGUUUGCCAACGUUUCAGAGGUCCUUGCUGCCUCCAUCAUCAGGGCACACCUCUGAAACCGUCUUUAGACUCCGUGCCGAGAAAACCUCAUAUCCUACUAAGUCAUGUGUUAGUGUAAUAUUGUUUGUAUUUAAAGUGUAUGACUUGUUCGUAUAAUACGUGUAAUGUAUCAUUUGAAAAAAUGUUUGUUAGAUUUUGGACUUGUGAGCGAGUGCAUUCUUAGGAUUUACAGGAGCUUUAACACUUUGAAGCUGAAAAUUGUCUAAAUAUUCAGGAAUGCAGUGUGACCCAGCACUGUGCUCCACCAUUCCAAAGAACAGCCUGUAUACGCUGUUUAAGGAAAUGAUCUGUGGUUACAUUGAGAAUCGUACAAAAUAAUGGGUUGAGAAUUAUAAGGAAAAAGGAUUCAUAAAAUAAAAGUCUCUUUUUGUGUAUGCAA